AUGUCCUGCUUCAUUCUAUACCUGGCGGCGCUCGGCCUACAGGCAGGCGCGGCUGCAACGGACUGGACUUUUACCAGCUCUGGAGAGAUGGACAUCACAGCCUGUCCCAUCACUUACUAUGGACAGAAGUACCAAAAAGUAUAUGUCCAACAGGUAGAACUGGGCAACUUUGGAACACAAGCUAUUCUAGCCAUCAGGACGUAUUCCGGGUACACAGAUGUAGAUCUUGUGGCGGACACACAGGUAAAAGGUGAAACGGUUUUCAAACACGUGUUUCCAGCCAAUGAAACGAGCAUGGGUGUCAUUACAGACAUGAGUGGAUGCCGACUCUCAGGUUCUGUUUACAUGACUAAUACAACUGUUAGCGACCCAGACAUCUGCUCUACGGUGACCUGCAACGUGAAUGGAGUCGCUACUGCGGUCAGUGAAUGUCCACCCAUGCACCAUUGCCGGGGCAACGGCAGCUGCGCCUUUGACGCCAUGUGCACGCUCACCGCCUCCACUGUCAUCGAUUUUGUCGGCCGCGCUCAUACCGUGUCCGAUCGCUGUGGAUACACUCUAAUGAAGUCCGAGGCUGUCCCUGACGUCCGGAUACAGGGCGUCUUCCGGGAGCGCCACCACAAAGAUGUCAGCUUCUUGGACCAUGUGAUCCUGCAUCUGGACAGCCAAGAUGUUCAAAUGAAGCUGCUGCAAGGUGGCAGAGUUGAGAUCAACGACAGGUUGCAAGCUCUCGACACCACAGCGACAACUGUCCAUGGCGUGGAACUCUCCAAGGACCAGAGCGGAGUGACUGCUAAGCUAUCACAGUCCAACUACACCCUUACGGUCUUCUUUGAUGGCAACAUGGUGCAAAUCCACCUGAAAGGUGAUAAUGAAGCUGCCGUACAUGGAUUAUGUGGCAAUUCUUCUGUAGAUUUUAGUAAAGAGAGAGUCUCAGAGCACAGCAUUACAGGCUGUGAGACGCAACACAAAGAUGGUGAGAAUAGCAUGAUGGACUGCAACUCCACAACUGAAUGGUGUCAGCUCAUGUGGCAGGAUCCCUUCACCCAGUGCCAUGUACACAUCGACCCCGAGCCCUUCAUUUCGGCCUGCAUCAGCCAUUUGUGUCGAUCCCCUGCAGUAGAUGGCCUCAAAUGCCACUUCAUGGAGGCCUACACCAGGGCCUGUCGCCAACAGGGCAAUGUCACGGUGGAGGACUGGAGGUCAACGACUGAAUGCGCUGCCGGUCCUGAGGCUCUUUGCCGGGACAAGUUCUGUAGUGACCACGAGUUCUGCGGUAUGAGCUACGACGGAGAAGCCCACUGCCUUUGCCGGGCCCUUUUUGCCUCCGACUACAGAGCCAAAGACAAGUUUGGUGAGCCAGCGGUUUGCAACCACUCGUCUGCGUCGGUGAACAUGUACUGUUGCCUUCUGUUGGAGAAGGGCAUCGACUACACGAGGCUACACCUCAACGACGAGAGCUGCAAAGGUGACAUUGACGAUAAGACCCACAUGGUGUCGUUUAACUUCGAUAGGGACCGUACUUGUGGUGCAAUCAUUAAGGCAAACUCCAGCAAAAUAACCUACAAGAAUGUCAUCAUGACACCUAACAUCUCCAGUGUCGUGACACGUUACAGAAACGUGCACAUGGACUUCUCCUGCCAUUUUGACCAACCAGACCUUGACGGACUGGCCAUCAAAAUCAAAGAUAGCCCGGUGAUUAAACACUUCACGUCGGGAGAGUGGGAUUACACCCUGACCAUGACUGCGUACACGAAUCCCGGAAGAACCCGACCCGUACAGUCGAGUACCGGGGUUCUGCUCAAUGAAAAAAUCUGGGUAGAGGUCAAGGCGUAUGGACUGGAGGGAAACGCCAUCUCUGUAGUGACAGAGUCCUGCUGGGCCACCGAUCAGUUGUCUUCAAAUGGGAGCGUUCGAUAUGACCUCAUCACUGCAGGAUGUCCUAACCCUGCUGACUCAACAAUCCACAUGGAAGGCAACGGGCAGGGAACGUCCAACUACUUCUCCUUCAACAUGUUCAAAUUCUUGGGCAGUGAAAUCAGUGAAAUCUUCCUGCACUGCAGGGUAGACCUGUGCGUGCAACAGGGAAACUCAUGCAUCCAGGUGUGCAACCAGCCGGCAAGGAGGCGCAGAUCUCUCUCGACCAUUGAUUCUACUGGAGGUCCAGCCAUAGUUACCAUGGCCUGGGCUUAAGCAGGUUUGGUUUGGUUUAGUUUUAUUUGAACAUGC